ACUCACACACCCCGUAGUCUGAUGCUGAUAGAAGAAAACAAUUUACGGAGUUGAAAACGAAAAAUCACUCAAGAAUUUGUCGUAAAAACUGGAAACAAAGAUGAAACUUUUCGUCUUUGUCCUUCUCGUGCUGGUGUGUAAUGCAUCAGCCAGGAAAAGAAUUCGAGGUCGGGAGUCUGUUCCGCAGCCCGAAGGACCUUGUGGAAUGAUACAGCCAUUCGAUCAAGAUUUUCUUUACACGUACCAAUACAUAGCAAUAACGGAACACAGAGAUGAACUUAACCGUCGUGGGAAUGACAUAAAAAUAAACUGUAUUGCCGAGAUUACCGUUCCACGUCGUUGCUCGGGCAAGCUGAGAAUUAAAAAAUGCCAAGUGGAAUCAGGGACGAUGUCAUCCGCGGGAAACAUCGAGUACAGCCCGUCGCCAUUAUCUUCGUCAUUCGAUCGUGAUAUGGCAGUCAGUGAAAUGGCUUUCCACUUCAAUGGCGGACAAGUCACUAGAAUCUUCAUUGACAAACAAGAGAGAACGAACAUCACCAACAUCAAGCGUGGUAUAUUAUCAAGUCUCCUUGCUUACAAUCCUGAACUUCCUAAAGAAUUCAGCGUCGGGGACAUCUAUCAGGUACCGCAAGUUAGCAUAUACGGUCAAGGAAUUGUUCAACACAAAAUUCUCGAAAAAACAUCGGGAUUUCCAACCGCGGUUGAAGUCACUCGUGAUACGUCACAAAUUGAGUUGCCAUGGGAACGAAGACAAUGGAACUUUAUUCGAAUGCGUAACAACAGGCUCAAUCCAAUUUUUUCUGCAAUUAAAAAUUACAUCACAAUAACCAAUGAAGAAAGAUGGGCGAGAGCAAAACAAAUUUGUAGAUACCAACUGCAACGAGGGAGACAAGUAAAAUCAGCAAUUUGCGAAGAACGAUAUCCACUCAACCCAAUUAAACCUGAAAUUGCCAGCACUGUAUUGGCCGGUGAACCACUUGAAACCAGAAUCAGGCAGGAAGUCACAAUGAAAACAUCGCGAAGAAUGACCUCACAAGAUCGAAGCCAUUGGGAUGUCUCUCGAUUUGACGAAGACAAUAUCAUGUUUGAGGAAGAGUGGGAAGAAACAAACAUUGUCUACAACCAGGGCUUCGAUGCUGCCGCAACUUUCUUGCAGCUGGUGAGGCUUCCUGUCAAUGAUAAAUCUCCAGCUCUUGUUUCUAAACUCUCACGCUGGUUGGCCAUUUCAAGUCAAGAAGAAAUUGAAGCAGUGUGGAAAAGAUGUGAGUCUGAAUGCACAGCUGAGCAAAAGAAAGAUGGGAGGAUUUUGUGGGUUGAACUCUUGAACAGCUGCAUUACAAAUGACUGGUGCCAGAUUCCAUAUUGCUCAAGUGAGAACUCAACAACUUGUGAAAAUGCUCUAGAAAGUUUCAUCAGUUUACCUUCUGACAAAAGUCCAGAAGUAAAAAGAGCUUGCUUCAAUUCUCUCGAAUCUAUCUUUGCACCAUCACCAAAGAUAGUCGAGGCAGCUUUGAAAAUAUGCAGAUCGGAAGAACCAACUACACCCGAAUGCGUAAAUACCUUGGGAGCUGUAACAAAGAAUUUCUUGGAAACUUGCGGAAGUGAUUGCUUGAACCAAAAACCGGUUGAAACUGCCAAAUCGUUCCUCGUUAGGCAAUUGAAGAAAAACUGUCAAACUAACAACCCCGAAACCGAAGAAGUUAUGGUUGCUGCAGCCGAAUGCCUAGGAAGAUUGGGACGAAAGGGAGAAACGGUGUUAUCUUCGAAAACUCUUCUGGCAUGUGCUGUAAACCCUGAAGCGCCACCCCGAGUUGCAGUAAAAGCGAUAGUGGCGUAUGGAAAUACAACUUCCGAGAGAUUGGAAGCAUCAGCAAUGCAAAAGUUGGUUGACGUUUUCACAAAAAAGAACGCAAACUUUGAAACUCGUGUUACUUGCUUCCAUGUUUUGAUGAAGAAAGAUCUUCCAACUGCAACAGUAGAAAAAAUAUUGACAACUGUUAUGGAUGAGAACGAGCACCCAUCACUAGUAAGGCAUUGCAGAGAUGAUCUGAGAAGCCAAUUAGUUUUACGAGGAACUGUAUUCUGCAACCUGCAUCCACAAGUCGCUGAACAAUGCGCCAGAGUAAUUCUCAGGAAGAAAUGGGACAUCGGAAUUUCAGACGAAAUCUUACAACAGAAACCAGUUGAGAAAAGUUAUGAAAUCUCAAGGAAUAUUUUGAUUCCGUAUAUCAACGUGACAUCAAACUGCACUGUUAGAUUAACAUCAGCUUACGAGAACAAAGGAUCCAUAAUGCCAAUCAUGUCUAAACUGACUGUUGAGGCAAUGAUAAACGGCCGAAACAUGACAAUCCUUGAGGCCGCUAUGGACAUUGCUGGUAUGAAGCCGGUGUUGGAUAGAAUAUUUGGUCACAACCAAAUGUAUGCUGAAUUAUUCGGAAAACUACUAAAAACGCCAAUAAACGAACUUCAAACGUAUGCUAAGCAAUAUCCAGCCUGGAACGAACUUCGUGACGAAGCCAAAUUUGCAUACCUUGCCAGCUUGUUUGAACCGAGAUCUCCCGUGUAUCUGAAAGUUUUGGGUUAUCCCAUCAGUCUUGAUACUUUAACAAGUUUUGGACAAAUACGUAAGUUGACACUCGGAAGCCUUUGGAAGAUCCAUGAAAUCAUUGAAGAUGGCUUUGAACAUGAAAAAUUUGUUGCCGGGCAACCAUUCUUGAUGCAACAUGCUUCUCCAACGUGCAUUGGAGCCCCAAUCAUUUCUACAAUUGAUCUUUCCUAUGUUUUUAAAAGUAAGCUCAAUUUGAGAGCAAGUAUCAGAAGAAUGAUUUCCUCUCCGAAUGAAGGAGCCGUUCUCCAUAUUGCACCAGAACUUCACGUCACUGGAUCAAUCAGUCGAACAAUCUUAGCGCAGUUCAGCGAAUCUUGUGGAACGGAACUUCAAUUCAAAAUCGGACAUGGAAGCGCAGUAGAUUGCACAGCAGUUACCAACCCAACUGGCGUCAGUUUUGUCUGCAAACCAAAACCAGGAAAAAGUCAGAUUCUUUACUACAAGGGAAGAAGAUCACUGACCGGUCCAAGUGCUGCUGACCCACCUGCGUCUGUUUGCAUAGAUUAUAGAAUGAGAAACUUGUGUAAUUUACAAGUUUGCCACCAACCAUUUAAUGAGGAAGGAUUUGCAUAUGAAUUGAAUAUUGAAAAUGAAUGGGAUACCGAAUAUCAAGCAGAAUUCAAAUGGGAAACAAGCAUUGAACCUGAAACAAAAUUGAGGGUGAAAGACAUGAAAGUUGAGUGCACUGCUGUAAACAGAGCUGCUCCAUCUGCUAAGAAAGUAAUGUGGUCCAGCGUCAUAGGAACUAUUGCUGAUCGAGGUGAAAUGCACUGGAAAAUUGAUUGUGAAUGGAUGAAAUCUCAAGGAAAAACAGACUUUUUGUUUUACCGCAACCCAGAAACUUCACUCGUAGAAGGAUGUUUUUCAAGUUUUAACCGUUCUAGUUGGAACAGUCUCAAUAUUCGACAUAUUUCAACAUUUGGAAUCGUUCCAAAAUCCGCAAAAAGAUACGUAAUAUUUGGUGGAAGCAAGAGUCUAGAUGCUAGAGAUGAGGUGACUGUCGGAUAUAGACUUACAGGAGCAUUGGACGAAGUUCUCGAAGGAUCAAAUACAUCAAGGAAAAUAAAUGUAGAUUUUAUCAAUAUGCUUAAUGGUAACGCGCCUCAUCUAUCUUAUGACUUCAUAGCGAAGAAGGUACCAUCUGCAGUUGAUGGGAUGUCUGGAUAUGAGACGAGGACUGUUCUUUCUGGUCCGUCAGUUCCAUAUUACAAUAAAAUUGAAUGCGAAAUGAUGACAUACGAUAACGAACAAAGAUAUGAGAAAGUUAUGCGAACUGUUGGGCAUUUUGGUGGAGACGCCAAUCCGCAUUUCAUUUCCCACAGAAUUAAAGGUACACUGAAGCAACCAGGUUCGGCCGCUUUCAGCACCUCCACAUGGUUGAUAUCAAACUGGCUCGAUCUGGAACUUGAGGCUGAAGUAGACGCACAAGAUGACAUAGUUUCUCACUGUAAGGUCAACUUUCCAGAAACUCCAAUUGUUUAUAGAGUAAACUCGGAAGAGCUAGAAUUUGCAUAUUCCCCUCAACGAUACAGUGGGCGCAGCAAUGCUGGGGGAUUCCUCAAUUACACCUUCUUUACAAAGAGACAACCUAGCGGGGACCGAGACUUUGAAAUUAACUUUGGCCAUAAAUUAUGGAACCAAGAAGAACAAAAGUACAAGUCCGAAAGAGGUACCGGUAAAUAUACUAAUUAUAAAGAAUGCGGCUAUUGCCACAGUUUUAUCGUCGACCACCCAAAAGUUAAACUCAAUAGUGUUUCCAGAUACAAUGCAAAGUAUUUUCAGGAAGAAAAAUGGCUUAAACUUCAUUAUUCACUUCUUGACUACAUUACUUUCCGACCGUACGUAUCAUACUAUCUGAUAAAUAAUUUGAAAAACGACUAUGUUCAAGUGGGAUACAAACUCUAUGCUUCAAGUGAAACUGGAGGCCCACAAAAUCUACAUGUCUCUGGUGCUUUGCUUCAGAACGCUGCAAACUGCUCUGCUUUGUAUCACCUUCAACGACCGGAAUUAGUUCAGACAGUCUGUACCAUUGACGCUCCAAUGAUAGCACUGAAAUCAAAUAUGAGCUUCAAUGUCAGCGUCGAAAGAGAAGAAAAACCAUUAAUGUCUCUUCGCUCAGAAACGAUUCUCGGAGGAAAUGGUUGUGUUUUGAAAGGCAGUUUGUAUUAUACUAAAUCGGAAGACAUCAAAGGUUAUCUUAACGCAACGUUCGGUUCUUACCCAGCUUUAGAACAUCAGUCUAUAUUGGAUUAUUCAAUGCUCAAAUCUGACCUAAAUUCGGAAUAUGACAUUUCUGGUUCCUACAAAAAGACAUACCGACCGCGCAAUGAUACUCAAGUGUAUAGGUACAUCGGCAGUUCGAAUAAAAUUGCAGGAGGACGAAACAAUCUGAUAUUGAAAGUUUUGUGUCCCUCUGAAUCUAACAAAAUUUGUGGUGAAGUAACUUUAAAUGAGGGAGACAGUUGGAUACAAUACAGAAGAUUGGCGAACGAAAAGGAAUAUGACUAUGCCUCUAUCAAAUACUCCGAAGGACGAAAUUCUUACGAAUUGGAAACAAAAAUGGUCAAUGAAAUUGCAUGGGGUGUCAAACACUUGAACCUCACGAUCAAAAAAGAUGCAUCUUCAGUUGGAAUGGGUAUCGCAAGUCGAAUUUGUAAUGCAUCAGUUCGAUUAAGCGUUAACACUGGACUUGAAAUCAUCAGCAGUUUUAAGACAUUUUGGCUACAGAAUAAAAUAAACGUUGCUGCGAAUUCUGCUUCUGCUAAGUACGCGUUUUACUGGAACACCGUAAACGUCGGCGGAAGCUUAUUUUCCAACAAUAUGAGCGUUAACUACGCUAUUCUCAAUUUUGACAAACCAUUGGACGCAAGAAUCAAGAUCGGUUCCAAACCAAGAGCAUUUUUGUGUGACAUCAAAAUGACCGACCUGGAAUUUGCUAUUGAAACCGGACGAGAUUCGGAAAGACCUACUGAAUGGAUAUACUUGUGCGACGCCCGUAUUCGGCCAAACAAGAUGAGCAUUGAAAACUUGAGAAUACCUUUCUUUUACGGACGAGAAAUUGAAAUGGCCCACACUACCGUUGGUUGGGAAUAUCAAGACGGAAGGCUCCAAGGCUUGUCUGCAAGAGAUAUUUCGUUUACUGUAUCGAGCUCUUGUCGAGGUUCCCGUCCAAUUGAAGUCAAAGGAAGCUGUGACAUCAGCUUCGACAAGAUCAUUGUAAAAUUAUCCGAUCCAGGGAGAAAUUUUGUUUUAGAUGUUCUGUUUGAUCCAUCUAAACCCAUGCAACAUCACUUUGAAUAUGUGAUUUCGAUCAUGAACUCAAGAAUCGAAAUGAUGUGGGACAACAAGAAAGAAAACAACAAAUGGAUAACAACAAGCAUGUGCGAACUGAGCAGAAUUGGCUGGGAAACAAAAUCAUUGUCUCCAGUUUUUACAAUUUCUUGCUCAAAUGAGUUAGGAGAAACUCCUGAAACUGCAAAUUUCCCGCCAAUGAACUUUGCUUACAAACUGAAUCACUCAAUGUGGCUUCCAAUACCGAGGGAAAUCAGUAUUACCAUGGUAUCAACCGUGUCUGGAACCACUUCUAAGAUCGCACUAACGGAAAAGAUUGGUACCAAUUAUUAUACAUCUGAAUCAACGACAACAAUGACUGAAUGCUACAAGCGAAUGACAAUUCUUCCCGGAGUCAGUGUUUGUGUUCCAUCUCAUUUUGAUUCCGAUAUCACUUACACCUUACCAUUCCUUGAAGGACAAGAUCGAUACGUCAUCUCCAAGAGCACUAAAGACGAAUGGAGCAUGAGUAUGGAUUCCAAAUUUAAAGCUCCUCAAAAAUCGGGCGACCAAAAAGCUCAGAUGAUUUUUAACACCAACGUUGAGAUAUCGGAUUGUCCAGAGAGUUUUGCGUGGUGCAUACCGAAGAAAGUUCAUCUCAAAGAUAUUAAAUUAACGUCCUCAAAACUCGCCAAUGAAAUAACCUUGGACUACCUUCCCUUCAGCUGGUUUUAUCGCCCUCGUGAAAUUUCCGACCUUGAGCUUAGGAACAGCGACAUCUUAUUCAGUAGAGAAGAGUCAGGUGAUUCCAACGUUCAUCAAAUUUCCUACAACUUCAGGAAACCAGGUACAAACCUUGAAACGACUAUGAGUUUUACUGCUACUUUGUCUCCGAACAAAUUGAAAUGCGACGUUGACCUAUCAAACGGCGGCUGGCAUUUGAAACACGACCUAGAAACUUCUUGCAAUCCAGAAACUUGGGCCUGGGAUUAUAAACACUCGCUUGAAUGCCCAUGGAUGACAGUGGGCACAACAAUAAAAGCGUCCAAUUUAAUUUCGAUUUCCUCCUGCGAAAUGACACUAAAAAUGCCGAAUGGAAUAAUCAGAAAUUUGCAUGUUGAUUACACUACUCCACGUAAAAUAUCUUGUCAACUCGACCUUGCAAUUGGCGGAAGUGUUGGGAAGGGAACUCACGAAAUGUCUUGGGAUCCAGCAACCAUGGAAUGGCAAUGCCACGACACUAUCAAUUGCAAAUGGAUGAAUUUGGACUACACUGCAAAAGGAACUGGAAUAUUCCUACCAACAAAGAUGGAUUUGACAAUGAAAACAGUCGGAUGGAUGAAGGAGAUAGACAUUCAUUAUGGAGGAGAAACCCCCCCAAGUUGCGUGUGCAAGUUCGGUACUGUCGAGUUCGAAUUAGGAAAAACCGGCAAACAAUACAAGUGCAAGUUUGGAUGUGGCAGUUUACCUGCACUCAACCAAACGAUCUAUUUCGAGUCCUCUCGUGUCGGUUUGGAAACCAACUGGGACGUGAGACAUGAAUGCCAAUACUCAACAUGCACUGCAAAACUCAUCAGUGAAGGAUAUAAGGUGGAUCCUAAAGAAGUUGAAUGUAGAAUGAAGAAUAGUCAAGCAGGUGGAAAAAUAGAAUACGUUAAGGAAAGCGGCGGACAACUGUGUAGAAUGACAUUUAAGUCACAGGAUGGGUCUCGUAUAUCAUGCCAAUCAACACCAAUGGCAAAUGAAAACAGCAGAGCAACACUAGACUGCCAUAAGCUACAGGGAUCCGAAAGAACCAAGUUCGCUAGUAUGCCUGUAACAAUGCAGGAUUUCCCUUUCAUGGGUGACUAUCUUGUUCGAGACAAAGUUGUCUUCUUGGCCACAUGUGUUGAAUACUUAUACAAAGUAGUCACAUACAGCGAAAUAGAUUUGGCUGAAGAUUUGCAGAAGACCAUCCAAUGCACAAACAAAAAUAUUUGUCGCGAAAUUGCCGAAAAAAUAAAAGGAGUACACCAAUCAUGCCUAAAUGAAAUGAAGAGGAUUUCUGGUCCUAAAAUGUACUAUAUCAUCAAGCCAGAGAUUGGAGAAUAUGUUAUCCACAAAUCUCUCAGCUACAUUCCCGGUUACGUAAUGUUCUUCCCGACUGAGCAAAGCUUCUCUCCCUCCAGCUAUGUAAAGAAAUUGUUAGCGGGAGGCGAAAUUAGUCUUGUACAUUGGAAUUUCCAGCCUUACGUAGAAAUAAAAACUGGAAUCAAAUUGGAGAAGGCAGACAAUUUCGUCAUUCUUGCAGAAAUUGGCUCCCAAAAUUUCCAAUGGCUUAAUGGAGGACUCACUAUUGGAACCGAAGAAGUUGAAGGUGAAAGAAUUGCAAACGUCACUGUCGAAAUAAAUCCCUACAAAGCUCGUGUCAUCGCCAGAGUUAGCGCACAAAGCGUCCGAAUUCUAACUGCUGAGGCGUGUGCGGAGAAUUGUCAAAAAUCAGUCGUACUCGUGAUGAAUCAAGCAAGGACAUCAGAUGGACGUAACAAUAUUACCUGUCUGUUCAUGCAUGCAGGCGUGGCGGAGUACGCUUGUGAUAUUCUCACACGCCCUGACGAUUGGACUGAAACAAACAUCAAGUUAUACAAGGGAAUUGCUAGAGCAGAACCUAUUGGACAGAUCGAUCUUCCAUCCGUACCUAAACUAAGCACUUACGACUACACCGACAUGGAUCGAGUUCUCAGAGAAGUACUUCGCAUUGGCUCUAGAAACCACCGCAACGAGAUUAAGCAAGCACUUAUGACCUUCGGGAGAUAUACACCUGAGGGCGCCUACAAAACGAUUUUCCCGAGAACUUACGGAAUGCCGACAAGGAUGACUCAUUACAUUAUAGCUUCCAUCCUUCACGAAGCAACAAAAUAUUCUUACACUGACGAAGUCUCAACCAUUAUCUCAAAAUUCUUGAGAAAAUCUUCCGAACUGGAUCCAAACGUCAGAGAAACUUACAACGAUUUAGUCGCGUAUGUUUCAAAUAUAGACAUCACCGGGGAAUUGGGAGUCGUCGUGCAGAAUAUCCUAGCACCAGUUUUUGAUGCUGUCGGCUACAUGUUGGAAGGACAUGUUGCUGCAACAUGUGAAGUAGAGAACGGCGAAAUAAUCAUUCACACUCAUAUCUACUCAUCAAGAUUCCCAAUGUGCAAUUUCACAACCACUGUACGCGCAAGAAAACUUUCAUGGAUGGAAAUGGUUGUGAAUGUUACAACUUCCAAUACGUUUGUGAAAAUGUCAAGCGACGCGCGAUUGGCGGGAGCAAAGAUCUAUAUCGACAGAGUGCGAUUUGGUCUACCGGAAGAAUCCGCCUCAUUCAUAGAAGUGAGGAUGGCUCCCAACCUUGCCGUACCAGGGUUGUAUGAAAUAGAUAUUAUUGUUGCUGAUAAUAGCGGUCAACAUUACGGUUGCAGAGGCGGAAGGCCAUCCAUUCAUACACCAAUACUGCAUUUCCAUUGCUAUACUAUCGAGGGCGAAGAAAUUCCACGUAAUCCGUCAUCAGCUACCAUGUUUGCACACUGGGACCUUAACAUCGAAGAUCUUCCGCACGCAUCUACUGGAGCAAUCACAGGAACAAUCAGAACAAUGAUUGUUUUAUUCAGAACAAUAAACGCAUGCCACAAAGAUACGUCAUCCAUUGAUAAGACACUAUUGGAGAAUUUCAACAUACACGACCCUAAGAUUCGUCAACGACUUGCCAACACUUUCAACGAAUUAUGCAGAAGAUGGGUCAAUGAAUUCAAGUCUGAUCCAGCGCCAGAACCUGAGACAGGCCGUGAAAAUGAAUCAAAAUACGUCAGAGCGGCCAGACAAUACAAGACCCUCUCUUACGAAUCAAUGAUGUCAUACGUCAAUGGUGAAGUAGAAGCUUCCAGAGGACCACGCGGAAUUUUAGUUUGGGAUUUCAGUCGAAUGGUUGAGAUUGUUACCAUGAUGUAUCCAUACUGUGCUCCGAUGAUUCACUACUCUGCUGCUGUUUUGGAAUAUGUUGAACCAACUGGCGUUUUCAAUGUUUCAAGAUGUACGAGAUGCCCAACAACUCUCGGUAAAAGCAAAAUUCUGAUGUCAAUGAGGUCUCCUAGAUUCCCAAUUUUGAAUAACAAAGUUGUCGUUACUAUGACAUCUGAGGGUGUAGUCAACUCAAGUCUUAGCAACGACUUUGCAUGGGGCUGGAUGGAAUGUGAAGUCAGAGGAAUCCGUGUUUUACCAAUAAAGGGACGAUUCGGGCUCGCUACCACUCGCAACGGUGUAGAAGUUGUCUUCUGGCCAGAAAUGUCUAUUUCUGAAAUGUCUGUACCCAACCCACCGUUUAUGUCUUUACGAUUCACUGCAAAUCAAAGAUAUACCUGUGACGCUAGAUUCAACACGUGGCUUUCAACCGACGUCAAAUGUCACCCAUAUAAGUCUGGCUCAAGAGGAACCCCAGCUGCCAUCUGUAAUGUAAAACCAUUGAUCGUUGGUGCCAAAUGUAUCAACCUUGUUAGCGAUGCAAUUGUUGGAAACACGCCAAGUGCCAGUCGCAUUGGACGAGUAAUUGAAGAUACCUGCGUUGUAAACGAUCCGGCAUUCAAGGAAGCAGUUUCUUCAAACCUCGCCCGUGACAUCAGUUUUAUUAGCGAUUAUUGCAGGAAACAAAUUUCAUCCAUGUUUAAAGCAAUUGGAGAUAUCUGGAGUACUUCAUACUCGUACAUAUGGAAAGGUGCAAUUGAAAUAAUGGAUUGGGUGAAAGACAUGAUAGCAGCCGGCAAAGGAAUCGACAUUAGAAAUUUAACGAACAGAGUACAAGAAGGAAUUGAAGAACUGAUUGGUUGGUGCAAAGAUAUCACUUGGGGAGUUUACGAUUUGACAACGAUCUUCUAUCAGUCGGGAUUUGUUUCCAACCAGCUCGCAUAUGAACUUCCAGAAUACAUAACAUCAGUGGGAGACUACACUGGUGCUAUUAAUCCACAAUACAAUCAGUAUGCCUACUACUAUUACAUGAAACAAUGGGCCAGGAACGCACUGCGUACUUCUAACUGUGUAUCCGGAAUGGUGUCUGGAAAUAAAAUUGAACAAGUAAUCUCUUUCAACAACUACAUGUACAACAUGCCGAAGAGAGUCAGGAAAUGUUCCUACUUACUUGCUGGCGAAGAAAGGAAAUUCACAGUCACUCUUGAAAAGAACGAGGUUGUCAUGCAUCUUCCGGACAUGCAUAUUACCAUUGCUCCCGACAUGAAAGUAUAUCUUAAGAGGGUUGGUGAACAAGAAAGAAGAGAAGUUUCAUUGCCUAUGUUUGUUUCGCCAAAAGUCUCGUGCGCUAGAACUGAAGAUAUGAUGAUGUGUUGGACACCAUACUUUAAUCUUAAAGUUCACUGCCAGAACAAUGUCAGAACAUCUUUCUUCGUUGAUGUGGCAGAAGAAUAUUGCCCAAAGACUUUUGGUAUGUUUGGCAAAGGAGGAAACACCACAGCCGUCAGAGAAAGAGAAAUGACAAAUGGCCAGGUUGCACCUACAAUGGAAGCAUUCAUCGAAUACUACAGCACUGAUAAAUCUUGCCACGUCGGAACCGUUCCUCCCGAACCGGAAGUAUCUCACGAACAUUGUGAUCGGUUGUUUAACAACGACGAAUGGAUGCAAGCCUGCCCAGAUAGACGUAGAUCCUUUAUGAAGGCAUGCCAAACCGGUGCAUCAUCAACCAUGGAAGCUUGUCGAUACGUAACCGAAUAUAAUUGGGUUUGCAAAAUGGAAGGAAAACCUGUGAAAAUGGCCCCAAAAUGCGAGGCUUGCAAAGGAAAGAAAACUGUUGGCGAGAAUCUAGACAAAGUUCGCGUUACGGUUUUAAUGGCAUUAAACAGAAAGACUUCAAUCGAAACGACGCCAGAAAUUUUGGAAGCAGUUCGUUCUAUGGCAAACCGAGAAGGACUUGAUUACGAAAUUAGUUUUGUAACUUUUGGCGGAAUGAGCGACAGAUCAGCGCCACACUUUAACGCCACCGGAGGAAUGGUAUGGAUGCCACGAACAAUGCCAUGGAACAAUAUUCCAGUGUCACCAAUGGACGGACCUAAUCCAUCAAAAGAAAUAGUUGAAAAAGCUAUGUGUUUCGCAUACAAUCGAAACAAACUGACUGCAGAAGGAUAUGGAAAGAUCUUUUUAGUUGCUGCUCCUGAAGACAUGGAUCUAUCCCCAUUGAUGCAAACUGAAUGUGUCAAAGACAUGAAAAACGAUUUGAUCGAGUCAUAUCUUCUCAUACCAACCAUUUGCAAGAAGAUGGGAGCUAAGACAGGAGCAAGAAUGGGUGUGCGGCCACUUUUUACAAACAACCCGACAAACAUUUGCAAGAGAACGGCUGAUCAAGUUGCUACUGAAAUCAAAUUUUCAAACGCGAACAAGCGCGUCACUUGUACUUGCACCGUUAUGAAUCCCAUCAAAGAUACUUGCACACCUGCAAAUUAAUGUGGAUGAAGAACCGUUACGAGAAUGAUCUAUUUCCUAUCUUCCCUUUUAUUAUUUUACGAAUAAUUUGACCCCAUGAUUGUUUUGUCUAGCGUUGUUUUUUCUUGUGCUGGGUCAAGCAUUGGCUGAAGAUCAAUCUACAUUUAAAAUGAAAUUAAGCUUCAGUCAUUGCUUGGCCGAUUUUUAUUUGAAUAGUUUAGAAUUUAUAGACGUGCUAAAAUUGUUAAAUAUCUCUUUUAAUGAACUCGUCAUUUUAAAAUAAUAUGGAUCUACAAAAUGAAUAAAUAUCGAAUUACUGCAAACCAA